AUGUCGACCGGCCCAGUAUCCGAAGUGGCGGAGACGGAACCAGCAUCGGCUUCGAAUGCGACGACGACAGCUGAUGGCGAGCCUUUGACGAUGUAUCUAUUUGUCCGGAAGGAUUUGGAGAGUGACCUCAACUGGCCAUCAGGAAGCGUUAUAACACAAGCAUGUCAUGCAUCCAUGGCGGUGAUGCACAAGAACAGCCGGGAUCCAGCUGUCCUGGAGUAUCUUAACGAUCUUGAGAGAAUGCACAAAGUAACAUUCGCAGCCCGGGACCCCGCGCACCUCACCAAGAUCCGCACCGCGCUCACCACGCACUCCAAAGUGUUCCACGAAUGGAUCGAACAGCCCGAGGGGAUCCCGACGUGCAUUGCUACGAUGCCGUAUCGGAGGUCGGAGAUGAGGGAGGUUAUGAAGAGGUGUCGGGUUAGUCUGUAUAAGUAG